AACGCCUUCCUGGAGGAGAUCCGGCAGGGCACCAUCGAGCGGGAGUGCAUCGAGGAGGUCUGCAGCUAUGAGGAAGUCAAGGAAGUGUUCGAGAACAAGGAGAAGACGAUGGAGUUUUGGAAGGGCCACACCAACUCUGUCUACUCUGUCAAGGACCCCGGGCACAGCACGGAGCGCUCAGAUGCUAUGUACGUGGUGGUCCCUCUCUUGGGAGUGGCUCUUCUGAUAGUCAUCGCCCUCUUCAUCAUCUGGAGGUGCCAGCUUCAAAAGGCCACCCGCCACCGCCCCUCCUACGCCCAGAACCGUUACCUGGCAAGCCGAACGGGACGCAGCCUCCCCAGGGUCAUGGUGUACCGGGAGCGGUCGCAAAGCCAAGGGGAAACCCAGUGUCAGCGAGAAGUGAGCAACCGGCUGGCUGGAGACGGCAGAGCCGGGGGCACCCCCCAGCAAGACGGCACCCUCUACCCGCCGGAGCAUUCCGUCUCUGUGCUCUCCAGACUGUCCAGUGCCACCCCUCCACCUUCCUAUGAGGAGGUGACGGGCCACCCUGAGAGCAGCAGCGGCGAAGAGACCAGCGUCUCCUACAACGACCCGCCGCCCAAGUACGAAGAGAUUGUGGCCACGG